CACUCAUUUGGCUCUGUGUCAGACUCUGUUCUAGCACAUCGAUGUCCCUGUUUGCGGAGCUCUACCGCAAAAUAUAAAACGAUUAUUCUGAUCGGCUUGCUGAUCUCUCUUGGUGUUGGCCGCCACCUCGUGUUUACGGCGAGGCUCUAGUUGGUAGGAUCAGUUCUGUACGACUUCAUCGGGGCUUCGGAUCGUUCGCUUCGACAGCGUUUGGAUCGUGCUGCUCGGAUGCUCUGUUGCGACGGUUUCUCUUUUCGGCUUGCAGAUUCGGAGAUACAGAGGUUGUACUCGACAAGAGGGCCGUAGAGAUGGGAGAGAGACCACAUGUACGAUAUUCUGCUCUAUCCACCCAAGACGACUUUCGUGACAGAGAUUUACCCCGUCGGGCCUAUGGGCAAGAAGAUCUCAGAUACCGCUUUGAGCUGCACGAAGAUAUUCCCUGGAAGUCCAUAGCUCUGGCAAUUUUCCUGCUUGCCUUCGGAAGUCUGUUCCUCGUAGUGUCUCAUUUCAUUUUCACCCAGCACAUGGGCGGUGACUCUGGUCAGGCUUACGGCUUCCUCGUCUUGGGAAUUCUUUUGUUCUUACCAGGAUUUUACGAGACAAGGAUCGCCUACUACGCAUGGAGAGGAUACAAGGGUUUUUCUUUUUCCAAAAUUCCGGCCUACUAGUGUUCUGCCUCUGGCCAAAUGUAUAAAUGACAUGAAUGGAAGUGAUGUCGACAGAGAAGGAGUGAUUAGGAAAACUACCGCUUAUUCAGUUUUCUCUGGAUAUCUGGCUCUCAAGGAAACAGAGUGAGCUGGUUGUAUAUAUCUUUGCAGUGGAGAUGACGAGUACUAUGCAUCUCUCACCCUGCACCCUGCCAGCGGCGUGGUGGCAUCUCAGGACCAAAAAUUAGUUUGCAGAAGAUGACAUGUGGAGGCCAGAGUUGUCACUCGGAAGUUGAGUUGAGACGGGACACAGGUGUUACUGGCUGCUGGAUGUGCCAAACGGGUACCGUAUAAUUGUGUAAGUAUGGCUCGAUAACCUCACAUGCAAUCUUGUCACAGAUAGCAUUCGAAGUGCAACGCUGAGUGUAAUGGAAUCAUUGGCCACAAUAAACAGCUGUAGAGGAGCCUACCAUUUUUUCCUGACUGAUGUGGGAAUGAAAAAUUAGUUGUGCUCAUUACCGAUUACGAUUUAGCUCCAGGGCACGUUGCUGCUUGUUAUGUGAUGGUAUUUUCGUAGUAAUUCUGACGUAACGUACAUUGUCUACGCGGUCGAACUGGGCGAUGAUUAUCGGGCUAUCGAUUCUCGACACCAAAGUGUUUCACAUCGAGCAUAAGGCUAGAAGACUAAUCAGAUGAAAUCUACCUAUUUGGGGACAGAAUGCUGUACGCUGUGUGGUCGGCUUCGUUCCUUAGAGCAGUGUAGCAGACAAAGGCGGCAGAUCUGAAGCGGGAAGUGAGGAACAAAACGAUUAGUUCUAGCGAGUGAGUUUUGCAGUGAAUUUUACUUACUUGUGAAGACAUAUUUGUACUUAGUCUGCAAUACAAAAUGAGACCUUCACUUUUUGAAACGACCCGUCUGUCUCCCCGAGA